AUGUCUGCCGGCUCGCCUCCUAGUCAGGAGGGUCUCCCGCCCAAUGUUGUCCGCCAGCUGACCGCCUCGGCGGAUGAGCUGUGGAAUCACUCGACCGAGAAGAUCAAUGCCGAGGUUGUUGCCCUGACCUAUGGCUCGCUUGUGGCUAACCUCGCGCGCGAGGCUCUCUCCUCAGGUGCUGGCGUGGCCGCCAUCAACACCCGCCUGGAUGAGAUGGGUUACAACAUUGGCCUCCGUCUGGCGGAUGACUUUGCGUCGCGCACGCACUCCCUCUUUGCCAACACGCCCACCCGCCGGACUGGCGACGGGGCCAACAGCGUCAGCCUUCUCCGUCGCUGCGCCGACUUCCGCGAGACCGCCGAGAUCAUUUCCAAGGUCGCCUUCAAGAUGUACCUUGGCGAAUCGCCGGCCAUUACGGACUUCGCUCUCUCUUCGCCGGCCGAUGGCAACCGGCCGGCCUUUUCGCUGGAGUUUGUCGAGCCGCCCUUCUCUUCGCACGUUAUGCUUCCUCCAGUUCUCAACGGCCGGUCCACCUCGGCAGGUGAGACUGGCGCCGGGGGCAAGUCCCGCGAGGACGCUCUCUCCUACUUGUCCAUGAUUGCCGGGGUCAUUCGUGGGGCGCUCUUUGCUCUGGGCCUCGAGGUGAUCACCUCCACCCCACGGUGCACCCUCUGGGGAGAUUCGAUCUCCGAAAUUCGUGUGGUCCUCGUUCGCAAGAUCCCAGCCUCUGCUCCGCCGAGUGAUGAUUAG